CGAUAUCCAACACUGUCCAGCACACGAGCAAAAUAGGAGAAUAAUAAGGAAAAUAUGUCUGGAAAAUUUUAGAAAAUUGUGACAAAGAUCUAUGUAACAUUAAAUCUAAUAUUUCGAUAUUUCAAUGACCGAAAUUAAGUUGUUUACAAAUGGAAGAGGUUGAUAUCGAAGCUGAGGAUUUCAAUGAGCUGGAGUCUAGGCUUUAUAGUCAAAUACACCAUGGGAUUCCCGAAUCCCCAACGGGGGACUUGACAAAGAUUUACCAAGUAGGUCACCAAAGCGAAAAGAAUGAAGAAAGUUCUGCAGAACGCAUUGUUACUGAAAAAAGCAUUGUAAACUUACAUAUGAAAUCUUCAACUUUGUCCGCUAAACGUUACUGGGGAAAGAAUGUAAGAAGCUCUGAAAUAAGUGAUGCACUGUCUAAAUCCGCAACAAGCUGUGGAAAAACUCAAAACUUAACAAAAAUCAGUGAUGUAAAAACUGUGACGAAGGAUGGAAGUCUACAAGAACACGGGGAGAGUAUAAAUUGUGUGAAAUUUUCGUCGGAAAAAGAAACACAAAGUGUUAAAAAUAUCAAAGAUGAAUUAAAAGAACCACAACUAAAAAAUAAAAUUACUACAAGUAGAGAUCUGCGCAUAAAUCCCGCUGCCGUCAUAUUAAUUUCGGAACCAAAAUUGAGAAAGAAAAAAAAUAUUCAACAUGCUGCUCGAUAUGGCCCAUUUGAUCUACAGGAAAAUAAAUUACAAAAGGUCUUAAAAGUAAGAGCAAAAAAGCAAAAGUCUAAAAGAGUUCGAAACAAAAAACGCAAAGAACUAUAUCAAGAACAAACUAUUGUGCUUGAUUCUUCAAAUAGUUCUGAUGACGAUGUAGUUUUAAUACCAGCAAAGCCACCACUUACUAUCACAGUUUCAGACAGUGACAACGAGGAUAAUCGCUUUGAGUCGUGCGGACCCCAACUCGAAGAAGAAAAUGCAAUGGAUGCCUCUGACAUUGCAUUAGAUAGCAAGCAACACCCGAUCGAUUUCAUAAAACCAACUGACACCCAUAAUAACACCUCUUACGAGACAAACGAAAAGCGUACUGAUCCGGCACUUAGUCGGUGUACAUCACCUUGCUCUGUAUUAUCAUCAGAUGACUUUAUUGGGCAGUCAGACCGCUGCCGGUUAGAAGAAGGAAGUUUUAUUGCGGAUGACCAAGACUUAGUCCUUUUAACAGCAGACGUGGACAGCCUGAUACACACAGCAAAAUUACAACCUGAUAAUGUAAACAAGCAUCGGAUUGCAUCAAAUGCUUCCUCAACUGAAGAUGUAAUGUGUACAGCUGAGUUUUCUGCGCCAUUAUCAAAUUCAUUUAGUUUAAAAGAAACCAUGAGCUCCAAUUCAUUGGAUCAGCGGGGAAAAUAUCGUGUAGAACAAACGGAUUUCAGAGCUUUAGAUGUUUAUGAAAGUGAAUCUGACGUAGCAGAUAGUGUUUACUCUAAAGGUAAAAGAUGCGUUAGAACAAUAGUGAAUGCUAUUUGCAGUAGUUCCGAUGCCGAUGAAGGCCAAAAACCUCCAUCCAACCAAAAGAUUAAGCGGUUUAGCAAACGUAGAAAUUCUACUUGUAACCGCAGUUCUGUAGAACUUAGAAGCUAUGCAAGCACAGAUGAUGAAGGUCAUGGCGUGCCUACUACUUCAGUUCCAUUUAUUUUAUAUGGCUCGGCGGUCGAACGUUCCAGUACAAAGCGCACACGUUCACAAUCUUUAAAUCUACGCAGAGUUUCAACUAGUGCUGAAGAUAGGACGGGCAACAUGUCUGACACAGAAUUUAUAGCAACAUUGAAUAGAUUAGUACAAGUAUGUAAAGAUGUGCCAAACAAAGAUAUGGGAAAAAAUAUUAAUGAAGUAAAUCUUGGUGAAAAUGAUGUAACUGAAGAAAGCAAAUCACUUGUUCAAGAAAAUAAAUCAAUAUCAGAAACUCUACGAAUAGUUGAAACUGAGAAAGAAAGUCUACGAUCUGUGCAAUAUCAAUCAGAAGCUGUUCCAGACGAGGCCAUGGCUGGAUUAGACAGAAUUUUUGCUUCUAUUGAUAAUUUGGCUGAACCAGAAGUAGAAAUGACAUCAAAGGAUGUCGAAAGUUGUUCAGAUGAUGAUGUUGAAGUUCUAAACCAGACAUCACCUACAAUAAAUGUAGUAAAAUAUACUGAUAACCGAAACGUUUUGCCCAUUCGCCACAUUGUUUAUAAUGACCGCAAUCCGAGUUCUGGUGGUAUAGGUUGGAAUGAGGAAAUGAUAAAAUUUUAUAAUUUAUCUUGGCACGGUGAGCGAUUUACGCUGGUUGGAGCGCAAAAUUUAAUGGAAAAGGACCGCAAAUUAUGGAAAAUUUCCAAUGAAGACAAGUUUCCGAAAACGCGUCCGUAUAGCAAUUUAAAAUGCUUUAACUGCUGUGAAUUUGGACAUACUCGCGCUAAAUGUAGGCGACCUAAAAAAACACCUGUAUGUUACAUGUGUGGAGAAUGUGGUCAUUUCGAGCCACGUUGUCCAAAUACAAUGUGCCUUAGAUGUGGUAAUAAAACUCAAGUGUAUACAAAAGGUUGCAAUGCCUGCACAUUCCAAAACCGACUAAUUUGUCCGAUUUGCAAGGUUCGUGGUCAUUCGAUUAAUCUCUGUCCAGACAAAUGGCGUCGUUACCAUUCCACGACACAACCAAAUGCUCAUCCCGUUUGCCGUUUGGAAUUUAAUAAGCGAAAAAUGUGUUGCAUAUGUGGUGGAAUCGGUCAUUUGUCCGAUACAUGUCGCAGUGCUGUACGUUUUAUGGAAUAUCCAGUUAUUGUCAGUCAUGUAAAGUCGCAUCAAAAGUCAUACAACGAUAUAUCGUUUAAGUCUCCAUGUAUUGGACUUGCUCUUAACUUGCUUUAUAGACCUCGGGACACUGUCAUUUUUCGUAUGGCUGAGAAAACCGGAUCCAACGGUUAUUAUGCCCGUUUUAUGAAAUCAGUUGGUUUAGGCUGUUUGCUAAAACGCAAAAGACCAAAUUAUUAUUUUCCACCAUCCGAAAAACCUGCAAAGCAAGCUCGAAGUGGCACAGUGGAGUAUAAGCAGAAUUUAUAUUGCCCUGCUGCAAGAGAAGGUAUACAACCCGCUGAUAUUACAAAUUGUGAAAUUGUUACAGGAGAAAAAGGUCCAAAUCAGGUACAAGAAGUAAGUGGUAGUGUGGUAUCGAUAGAAGACACCUCACAUGGACAAUCAAAUUCCUUAGCUGAAGAGGGAGCUAAUGAAAGCGGUAUAUAUAAAAAAGCAGAGGUUGAAAUCGUAGACAAAAAACUUAUAAAUGAAAAUAACUUCAAAGUACCUAAUGAUAUUCCUACAACAAUCAUUUCCCAACAAUUGAUUCAAAACAAAGAUUGCUUAACAGCGGAUUCUGACUCAAAUUAUAGUUUCUCAGACCAUUUUGAAGUCUCUCGAAGUGAUGUGAACAGGGAUCAAAUUGUGAUCGCAGUGGAAAAACCCGAAGCUGAGCUACUAUCUACAACUUUACUAGUUAACCAAACACCAGCAGCGAGUCGAGUUCGUGAAAUGGAACCUCUGCCCGAUUUUAUACCAUUAUCAAGUAUCAAUGCUUUUAACGUGAACGACAAUCCAGAUAAUUUCGACCCUCAAGCAGGAAUAUCUCGACGUUUCGUUGCUGCAUACUCCGACGAUGAAAAUGGAGAAGAAAAAGAAGAAGAAUCACCUAAUAAAGCAUGUGAAGCGAAAAUAUAUCUCACCAAUUUCCAUAGUAACUAUUUGUUGUCGCCAGAGGGUCACAACUUUUUAGUUCGAAAAUCCAAAGAUUGUAACAUUAAAGCUAGACUCGACUGGACCUCUGUCGGACAUGUAUUGGUCAUAUUUGGAUUUCCCAAUGACCAGGAUACAUUUCACAAAGCCUUACUUGUUAAGAGUCAUGAAUUAAUGAAUGAAAUUAAUGAUAAACAAUCAAACGGUAUUAAGGUACCAAAACGUGUGGAUGCGUUAAUUCGUUUUCUUCGUGAAAAUAUCUCCCAGCUACAGGGCGAUUUAGGCGAUGUGAAUGAUUUACAACAGCGUAUUAAAAGCUUGGAAAGGACGAAUACCAAAUCGAAUAUGAAAAUAGCAGAAAAAAAUCGACGUGUGCUUAAUAUGAUUUUAUUGGGACAAGCUGGUCUCUGCGAUGGCGACAAGCAUUUGAGUAGACUUUUGGAUAACUUGAAAUCUCUUAUUAAUGAUUAUCAAAUUGAUAAUCUGGUCCCGCAGUCGCUACGUGAAGAGAUUGACUGUCACUCAAAGGUAAUCUUUACUUCAUAUCGACAUGAUAAUUAUCCCGAACUUAUUAAAGCUUACAAUAAUUUAUCAAAAAACCAAAAAGCCAUUGUAAGCAUUGAUCCAUUAUUACUGGGACAAAAAAUACUUGAUACAAGUCUAACAGCUGAGCAGAAAUCAAGACUCGAGCAACCAACAACAAUGAUGUCAACGCAACAUGUCAACAACGCAGCAAUGACAAAGAAAUCUGACAUCAACAUACCUAAUUCUCCCUAUUUUUCAAAAGGUAAAUUCGCUGGUAAACAUCAACAUUUGGGUCAAUCAUCCCUAUUACCCCAAUAUAUAUCGAAGGCAAAGAAUGUAACACCCAGCGCAACACAAACUCGCAUUACAUUAGAAACGAAUACAUCUACCGCAACUAAGAGACACAAUUUAGCGGUCCCUCCUUUCCUUAACCCUGAAAAAAAAUACACAACUAUAACAAAGGCCAAAGAAGGGAUUUUUAAUCGACAGAGAGCGUUGACACAUUCAAAAGUUAAUAAUACAACUGCAUUAACUGGAGGCCCUCACAACCGGACCAAUAACCCAGUUAUCGCCAAACGCGCCCCCUCAAAGGGACCUUCGGUAUUUUGGUCUCGCGAAGCAAUGCGUUAUUUAGACGAUUGUAUUCAAAUGUCUGAAUCGAAUUCGGAGUUGUUGCAAAAACUAAAACGCAUACAGUCAAAAUCUGUAGAAGGGGCGCUCUCAUACAAUGAUUAUCGGGCUGUUAUCAAAUUACAUGGCGCCAUGGUAGGGAUAUAAGAAAUGGUGACAUGCUUUGCAAUAACUAUUUCAAUUUGCAAAGCUGUACAUACAACUGAUGAAAGAAUAUUGACUUUAAGCACACCAAAAUAUAAAAAUUAAAUUGAGUAUAAAUAAAUAUGAAUUUUCAA